AUGUUUAUUACUGUGAUUCCUUAUGCGACACAACAUGGCUUACCAUCUUCCCGGCCUUCACAGGGUAAAGUCGCGGAGCUGCGACAAGAACUCCAUAGCGGCGGCAAGAAGGACAAGAACUACUCCGCGAAGAAGAUCGCCCUCAAGAAGAUUGUCGCAAACAUGACUAUGAGCAAUAACGACAUGGUGGCACUGUUUCCGGAUGUUAUCGAUUGUAUGAAUCUGCCGAGCUUGGAAAUCAAGAAGAUGUGCUUUCUCUUCUUAGUCAACUAUUCGCGAAUGAAACCCGACAUUGCCUUGAAGGCCCUGCCUAUUCUCGUUAACGAUAUGGAAGAUACAAAUCCACUUGUGCGAGCGCUGGCAUUACGGACUAUCUCAUACGUCCACGUGCGGGAGUUUGUCGAGGCGACUGUUCAACCUGUCAAGCGUUUAAUGGGUGAUAUGGAUCCAUAUGUCCGCAAGACAUCCGCUUUCUGUGUCGCAAAGCUCUAUGAGCAUGAUAGGAAAAUGGUUGAGAGCUCCGACCUGAUUGACAGAUUGAACCACAUGUUAAAAGACGAAAACCCAACGGUCGUAUCUAGUGUGCUUGCGUCUUUGACAGAUAUCUGGGGUCGAAGUGAGACUAUCUCCCUGACUAUCGACUACACAAGUGCAUCGAAACUGGUCUCGAUCCUGCCUGACUGCUCUGAGUGGGGCCAAAGCUACAUCCUUGAAGCCCUAAUGUCAUAUGUCCCUCAGGAUUCGGCAGAGGCGCUGUUAUUGGCAGAGCGAGUAGCCCCUCGCCUGUCCCAUUCCAACUCUGCGGUUGUUCUUACUUCCAUCCGUGUCAUUCUGUAUCUCAUGAACUAUAUUGCCGAUGAGAGGCAUGUCACUUCCCUCGCCAAGAAGCUAUCACCACCUCUUGUCACCCUACUAUCCAAACCACCUGAAGUACAGUACCUGGCGCUUCGAAAUGCCAUUCUGAUACUGCAGAAGAGGCCGGAAGUUUUACGAAACGAUAUCCGUGUUUUCUUCUGUAACUACAACGAUCCAAUCUAUGUCAAAGUGACCAAGCUGGAAUUAAUAUUCAUGCUGACGACGAAGGAAAACAUCUCGGUUGUGUUGGCAGAAUUGAGAGAGUAUGCGACUGAAAUCGAUGUUCAUUUCGUUCGGAAAGCUGUACGCGCCAUCGGAAAAUUGGCGAUUAAAAUCGAGUCGGCCGCGAAGGAAUGCAUCGAUACUCUUCUCGAAUUGGUCAACGCUAAAAUCCCAUACAUUGUCCAGGAGGCGACUGUCGUCAUUCGCAAUAUUUUCCGCAAGUACCCCAAUCAGUAUGAAAGCAUCAUUGGCCGUAUCAUUCAGAACAUAGAUGAACUGGACGAACCGGAAGCAAAGGCAGCCAUUAUCUGGAUCAUUGGACAGUAUGCCGACCGCAUCGAAAACUCAGACGGGCUUCUACAAGAUUACCUAGCCACUUUCCACGACGAAACGGUUGAGGUACAACUCGCCUUAUUGACGGCUACCGUCAAAUUCUUUAUUCAACGCCCGACAAAGGGCCAACAGUUGGUGCCUCAAGUAUUGAAAUGGUGUACCGAGGAAACAGACGACCCCGACCUGCGAGACAGAGGCUACAUGUACUGGCGUCUCCUAUCGACAGACCCUGCAACCGCACGACAGGUCGUCAUGGGCCAGAAGCCCCCGAUCAGCGCAGAAAGCGAGAAGCUGGACUCUCGAACCUUAGAAGAGCUCUGCCUGAACGUCGGUACUCUCGCAACUGUUUACCUAAAACCAGUCCAGCAAGUGUUCCGCUCCGCACGUACACGGCGACUUCAAUACAGCCCUGCCUUACAGAAACCACAGAACGACGAUGGAAGCAAUGCCUGGCAAUACCCAGUUAGCCCGUCCUCCGCUGCCCCCGUUACUCCUACCUUAGCGGCAAACGGUGCAGCCCCGGCACCAGGCGACAUGAACGCGGCAGUGAACGCUGCCGAUUCCUACUUCAACAGCGUCGGUACCCAGCAGAUGGCAGCACUGGACCUAGGUGGUCGCGGGGAUGGUAUUGGAGGCGGCGGUGCGCCGCAGACGCAGUAUAUUGUCAGCCAAAAUCAGCAACAGGUGUAUCAGCCCCAGCUGGCUGGUGGAGCGGCUACGGGAGAGUUGUUAUUGUUGUAA